ACCGCCGCCGGGGAGGGAAUUAGUCCCAAGCCACCGGAAAAAUUCCCAAGGCAGUCGGCGGCAAGUCCCGGGGAACAGGCGGCCCGCGGGAGGGAUAACAAAUUCGCCGCACAGUUUUUUUAAUUUUAAUUGUUAAAUAAUUAAUUUAUAUAAUUACUAUUUUGUCCUUCAUUAAAUGAGAUUAAUCUGGACCAUUGGAUUUUAAUGAGGUGCAAGGGUGGAGAUUCACUUAGUCAUAUGACUAAGGGACCCCCCCCCCCCCCCCCCCCCCCCCCCAGUCACCAGAUCUUAGCCCCACAGUAUUUGGUUCAAAAAACCCUUCCAUGUGUACAAAAUUCUGUGAAAUCAUGAAAUCAGAAUUUGAAAUGAGUAUGAUGGGAGAACUGUCACACUUUCUAGACUUACAAAUUAAACAAACAAAGUCAGGAAUAUUCAUCAAUCAAUCUAGCUACACUGAAGCCAUGCUUAAGAAAUUCGACAUGACUUCUGUAAAUGAAAGUCUAACUCCUAUGGCUACAAAUAUGAAGUUAGACAAAGAUGAAGGAGGAAUAGCAUUCUGUGAAAAGAAAUACAGAGGUAUGAUUGGAUCUCUCCUUUAUUUAACAGCUAGUAGACCUGGUAUUCAGUUCAGUGUAGGACUAUGUGCAAGAUUCCUAUCAAACCCUAAGGAAAGCCAUUUUAAAGCGGUUAAACGUAUAUUCAGGUAUCUUAGGGGAACAAUCAAUGUAGGAUUAUGGUAUCCAAUCUCUGACUCAUUUGAAUUGGUAGGUUACAGUGAUUCAGACUUUGGAGGAAGCUUAGUAGAUAGAAAAAGUACCUCAGGAACUAUACAGUUCCUUGGACCUGCACUGGUUUCUUGGUUUGGUAAAAAAACAGGGAGCAGUUGCUCUUUCAACUGCUGAAGCUGAGUACAUGGCAGCUGGAAGCUGCUGUGCUCAAUUUAUGUGGAUGAAAGCUCAAUUAUAUGAUUAUGGUUUUAAACUAAAUGAUAUUCAAGUAUGCUGUGACAACACUAGUGCAAUUAGUAUGACAAAUAAUCCUGUUCAACACUCUAGAACAAAACAUAUCGAAAUAAAAUAUCAUUUUAUUAGAGAUCUAGUACAAGCAGGACACAUUUGUUUACAGUUUGUUUCAACUGAAUCUCAAUUAGCUGACUUGUUUACAAAACCGCUCCCUAGUGAACGCUUUCUGUACUUAUGCACAUAACUAAGACUCAAAUCUUUUAGUCAGAUUAAGAAUCUUUCAAACUAAAAAACUUAUUGGGCCUUUUUGCUCUGGGUAUUUAGCAUUUCUUGGUUAAUCAAAUAAACCCCUUUUUUGGCUCAUGCUUGGGGUAUUCCAAGACAACGUCAUGCAUGCUACUAUCUAAUCAUUACGCUUUUCCCUACUUUUCUCCUGCGGGAGUCUCUUCCGCUUCUUCCUUCCCUCUCAUCCCUCUGCCUAUAUAAGACUUCUUCCUUAUCUUGCUCUCCUCACUGUUCCAACAAGACAAUCAACUGAGCUCAAACUUAGCCAAAAUAUUCAGCCUUUCCAAAAAUGAUUGACUAUAUCCCUCGUCUUUUCCGCUUUGAUGGGCUGGUUCACACCUACUCUGGAUACAUGUUCCAUGAACCUAGGGUGCUGAAACAUCACCGAUAUCUCCAACACUUUGACAAGAGGAUAAUCCACCAUACUACUCAACUCGAUCCUUAUGAAUUCAAUGUCUACAAGUAUGACAUUAUCUCCCUCAUUGAAGAACUUGGGUGGGAUUUCCUUCUUCGUCAGCCUCUUCAUCCUGCCUGUCCAGGAGCGGUGAAAUACUUCUUCUCAAACCUCCAAUGCCAAGGGGUAAGCUCGAGGAGCUUCACCACAUUAGUCUAUGGCCAUCUGCUGACAAUACCAGUCGAUGCCUUGAAUGACAUUCUUGGUUUCCCCUCUCAGGGACUUGGGAUAACUCAUCCUUCUGAGUUUUGGAAGCACGAGUUCAAGAUUGAGGUGGAAUACAACAAUUUCUCAACAGAGCCAACUGGUGGCUCUGAUGUUCCCAUACCUGUUUCCUGGAUGCCUCCGAGGCUGAGGAUCUUCCAUUAUUUCCUCACCCAUGUCUUCUUCUCUCGAUCCUUUAACCAGGAUCGUGUUCUCCACAUGGAUCUCUGGAUAAUCUCCAGUGCAACAGAGAGGCGAAAGCUCGACUUCGCAAGCAUUAUGUUUGGCCAGUUUCUCCCUGUGGGAGAUGAAAAUUACAAAGGUCUGCUAACAUUUGGAUCUAUUAUAACUCGUCUGCUGAUCAACCUAGGGGUUGAUUUAUCCGAGUUUUGUAGUGUGUCCUCAACCAUGUAUGUCAGUGCAUUAAAUGUGCUCACGGUACUUGAUCUACCCACUGACAUACCUCCUCCUCCUCGUCCUUCUGCCUCUCUUCUUGGAGCUCCUCCCAAGUCCUCUUCUGCUAGAAAGGCCAAGUCUGCUGGUGAACCUAGCAAGACUAGAGACCUUAUGUUCACCAUCUCUGAAGGAAAUUCCUCCUCAGAUGACUCUACAGCUUCUGCUCUUGCUUCCUAAUCUUCUGUCAUUCUGUCUUCUUAGGUAGUUGAGCAACUUUUGUAAUAUUCUCCUGUUUCCAGAAUGAUGCUUCUGUUCAGGGGGGAUGAGGAUGGGUACCUAGUUUAGUUGCUGCUGUUUAGGGGAAUAUCUUUGAUAUUUCCAAACUUUUGUCAACUCAUCUCCCCUGAUUGAUGCUCCUACUGUAAUUUUGUUUUAUUUAAUGCAAGUAUGUUUCGUUUUGGAUUCGUGGUCUGCUAGUAUCUUCCUUUUGUUUGCAGGUAUCCCCACACUUCUCGGACGAAGGGGGAAAUUGUUGAACGAUAUGUUGCUGUGGUUCACUUGGCAAAACGAUGUCGUAUUCAACAAAAUGAUGUUUUUCCCACAACGAUAACAGAACGAAGGUGUUUUGACCAAUUUUGAAGUUUCGUCCUUCGAAGUCUUCUUCUCCUUCUCGAGCUCUCCAUUUUGCAGACUUAUGCUCUUUCUCACAAGAAACCAGGCAGAUGUCCACCGCUUCUAUUCUUCACAAUAAUGAUCACUACAAGGA